GAAACAUACGAAAGAAAUCACGAUGCGUUGUUAUCCGAUCUUGGGCAUUUGUUUGGUGGUCUUGUGCCUGACACCCUCACUGUAUGCCAUCAAUGACUAUGAGCAGCUAUGUCGUCUGUUUAAGAAUGGAACUCUGAUCCGUAAGCCUGGCACUUGCAAUGAGUAUAUCGAUUGCAUAGAUGGCGAGGGCACAAUACAAGUUUGCCCGAGUGCCCAAAAUUUCUUCAAUCCCACUGAGCAGAAAUGUAGCACGGUAAAUGCUGUGACCACCAACACAUAUUGCGGUAAUCGUUGCGAAGGUCUGGAUAGCGUUUGGGUCUCCGAUCCCACCGAUUGUCAACAGUAUUUCUAUUGCCGGAAUGGAGAAGCUCUGUCGGGCUAUUGCAGUGGAACUCAGCACUUUGAAGAGUCCUCACAAACAUGUGUGUACAGCGUGGAUUCGGAAUGCGUGGAUGUGGCCAAUAUAUGUGAGAUUCUACCCGAUAAAACGAAAUUCCGUAAUGAAAACGAUUGUAGUACAUACUAUGAGUGCGAUAAAAAUGGAAACCAUGAACUUAAAUCCUGCUCAACGAGUAAAGCAACCAAAUACUUUGAUGUGGAGACCGGCACCUGUGUGGCCCCCAAUACAGUGGCAUGUACGGCUCAUCCCAAGGAUGGUGUUUGUCUUAACGGCUCUAAGCCUAAAUCAGGCUAUGUAACCGAUGGCGCCACUUGUCGUGGUUAUUUCCAUUGCAAAGAUCUUGGAUCUGUUGAAGAUUUAAAUCCCACUUGGUAUCAAUGCCCCGAAGGAUAUUUCUUUGAUGAGUCGCGUGGUGGAUGCGCAACGGCAACUUCCGUGAUAUGCACACACAAUCGUUGCGACGGUCGCGGCUCUAUGUUGGUGACCAGCAGUAGCAAUGAGUGUCAUAAUUAUAUCCGUUGUGUGAAUGGUCUCGAAACGGAAGAGCUAACAUGCAAUUGGGAUUACUUUUUCGAUGAGUCCAUUCAGGCCUGUACAUCAAAAAUUAUCUAUGACGGAUGUUGUGAUGGUCAAGAUUAAAUGUAUUUAAUUGUUUGAAGAUAAAUACAGAUAUUUGUUAUACAUA